AUGAUCACCCUUGCAAUACCCGUUACAAACCCUUCCGCCUUUCCCGUUGAGCGAUUCCGAGAGGUCCAAGAAGGUCGUCAGCCCAGUACACGCAUCGUGGAUAUGCUAGUCUACAAAGCGUCUUCGGGCCCCAUCACAAAAGUGACCGCAGACAUCCAAGACGGCUCAAUCAACCAUCUCUUCAUCCGCGAUCCUCGCGUCAUCGACGCGCUCGGUUUCGCAGCACCGUAUUUCGAUACGAUCAAUCUCGACACAAACAAAUUGCGACUCGGCGAGACGUUUACGAUUAGGAUCUUUUCUGGCCAAAGGCCAAAAAGGCUGGACAACUGGAUCAUGGGAGAGCUGGGAAGCGGGCGCCAUGCGUACUUGGAGUGGCUGGAUGAGCGAGGAAAUGCGGACCCCAGGGCGCCACCGUUCGCAGCGGAGGCAAGGGCGAUCGCGAGGAAGACGGGUCGGCGAUGGCCAGAUGUCAUGAGCGAGAUUGAGAGCGUGUGGAGGCUGGAGCGAAAUAGUGGCGGGAAUGAGUUCAGACACAACAGAGUCAAGUAUUUGGGAGAGGACCCAGCAUAUGCGGAGGCUGCAGAGAGGGGGAGGGUGAUGAGGAGCAUGUUCGGGUAG